UCAGUCGAGUUUCAGACGUCGUCGGGUUCAGUUCGUGGCAGUUGAUUGCGCUGGAAACACACAAAACAAAACAAAAGUUCUGUAGCUGCCCCAUGCAACUCGAAAACCAAGUACGUCUCGGCUCUGUGAAAAUGCAAAUGCUAAUUUGACCAAAUACUCGAGUGGCUCAGUGCACAGUGCUAGUGCUACCUGGUCGUCGCUGUCGUCGUCGUCGUCGUCGUCAUCAUCAUCAUCCCUCCCUACCUAGCCCUUCGAAACUCUGGGAAUCCUGGCGGGGGGCAACACAAACAACAACGCAUCCGUUUCCGGUUCUUUCUGUUUUCUGUUGAUUGUAUUAGCCAUACCUGCUGCUGCUGCCGCUGCAGUCGCUGUCGUUUUUCAUGAAUGAAAUUUUAAUUUCGUGUGUGCGCGAGUGUGCCUGUGCCUGUCCCAGUGAGUUGUGAGUGCCGCAAGUCCAGUUUGAGCCCAAAAACUCGAACUCCAGCGGUGUCAACUGUCGGCCCACCGAUCGCAUUGUCGCCGGUGCACCGUGAAGAUCUUUAUCGCAUUUUAAAUAUACAAACGUUCUGGAGCAGGCAACGCAGGUAGAGAACGGAAACCAAACAUCGGGGCCGGCCAGGUUAAUGCGGUUUAUUGUUCUAUGAACGCUGCUGGUACCAUCGCUCUGUUUAAGUUUCGCACGCUGAUAAAGAGGACCUCCAGGCCCAGCCCAGCCCUCAGAAUGUGGCCAAAGCUCAGCCCAAUUCUCAUGCUCUCGCUGCUGUGCGCCCUGGCAGCGGCCAGUGACCUCAAGGAUCUGCUAGAGGACAGCACCACCACGACCAGCACGAGCCCCUCAUCCUCAUCCUCGCCAUCGCCCACCACGCCCAUCGCCUAUGUGGUAUCCGCAGCAGCAGUUCCCGCCCCUGUUCCCAGGGAAAGGGGAAAGACCAAGUCCUCAUCCGGAAAAUAUGUCAACAAGAGCGCUCCGAGGAAACGCAAGGCAGAGCAGGUGUCCUCGUUGCCGCUGCCCGUGGACGACAGCCUCAUGGAGUGGAAGUGCCCCAAUAUCACGGGCACCCGGAACGCGGAACUCGAGUGCGGAUGCGAUCUGCCACACACACUACGGUGCAACAUUGACCUGCACGGAAUGUUGCUCCUGGCGGACAGGCUUCGGACCUCUCCCUACUCGAUCUCUUUGCUGGACUGUUCCUUGCGCAACGUGACCUUCCUGAGCGACGCCAAGAUCUUUGAUGGCGUUUCGCUGCAUGGCCUGGUAAUCUCCUCGGGCGAGAUCAAGCGGGUGCACAAGUCCGCCUUCCUGGGAAUCCGCGGACCUCUGCAGGCACUUGGUCUGCCCGGAAAUGCCCUGAUGAGUGUGCCCUGGAACGCUUUGUCCACGCUGGGAGCCCUAGAGCGUCUGGACUUGGCCAACAACAAAAUCAAGGCAUUGGGCACCGCCGAUUUUGUGGGUUUGACCAGCCUGGUCUAUCUGGAGCUGAGCAACAACCAGAUCUCAAGCAUUUCGCAGCGCACAUUUGGGAAUCUUAGGAAGCUGGAGGUGCUGAAGCUGGGCGGAAAUAGGUUGGGUGACUAUGCCCAGAGCUUGAGAUCACUGAGCCAGUGCUUCAGUCUACGCCAAUUGGAUCUGCAGGCCAAUAACCUGAAUGGACCGCUGAGUGAGCAGACUCUGCCUGGAAUGAAGAAUCUGGAAAGUUUGAAUCUCAAUCGGAAUCUGAUCAAGAGCAUCCAAAACAAGGCUCUGGCCAAUUUCUCGAGACUGGUGAGCCUCUCCCUGCGCCACAACCAAAUCGAUGUCCUGCAGGAUCACGCCUUCUUCGGCUUGGGAGCUCUGGACAGCCUGGAUCUGAGCUACAACGGCAUCGUGGCCAUCUCCAGUGCCUCGCUGCAGCAUUUGUCGCGUCUGACCGUACUGGAUCUCACCCACAACUUUCUGCGAGCACUGACCUCCGACUUGAUAGCACCGCUACCGUCUCUCAGGGAGUUACGGCUGGCGGGAAAUGAUAUCUCCAUUGUGGCCCGGAAUGCGAUGGACGGAGCUCGGGAACUGGAGAGUCUGCAGAUGCAGGAGAAUCCUCUGUCCUGCGACUGCAGCAUCCGGCCAUUUGCCGAGUGGUUGCAGGAGUCCCAGCUCCAUUCCAGCCUCAGUGCCUCCUGUGUGACUCCGCCAAGGCUGGAGGGAGCUCCGCUCCUCCAGGUUCCCGUGGAGACACUCAGCUGCGACAUGGACAACGUGGAGAAGGAUAACAACAACAUCAUGCAGCACCUGGAGACGCUGGCCAAACCCAAUCAGACGUCGCCCAUCAAGGAUCUGUCGGAGGAGAUUAUUCUACACGAGCUGCAUUUCUCGGCGGACUACGGCCUGAUCCUCACCUGGCUCCUGAAUCUUAGCAAGAAAGACUAUAUGUGUGAUGCAAUUUUUGUCUACAAGGAGGAGCACAUAAACGAGAUUCUUAUAGACAAUUCACCGAUCCAUUGCGAGAGUAAAGUGGUCAAUGGUCAGAACACAGUGAGUGUCAUAGUGCCGGACAGUUCAUCCCUGGAAAUAGGCGAGAGCUAUCGCUUUUGUCUGGUGAUGAUCCAAGAGAAGAAACCCGAGGCGGAACUGAACAUCGGUUGCUCCAACAUCACUCAGCUGGAGAGGAGCAGUCCGGGCUCCGUUCCCGUAUCCCGUCAAUACCAGCGACGUCCCUACUACACGGCCAAUGAGCUAAAACCGGAGGCAGUUCACGAAGCUGGUGAGGAUUACCAGCUGAAUCAGCGUCGUUUCAAUUCGGUGGUCGGAAGUCAACCGCAACAGACUCAGCAAUCCACUUUGCUGCACAGUUACACGGUGAUUGAUUCGCUGAACAAGAGUUUCUUGCCGGGAUUGGGCCUUGGAGUGCUGGUCACCUCCGUGCUGGUCCUGAUCUGGGGAGCCACUAGGAUUCGGCAGACGGGUGGGAGUGGUAAUGGCAAUGGCAGCAGGAAUAACGAUAGUAUUGGCAGCAACAGCAGCAGCAUGCACAAUAAUAAUAAUAACAGCAGGCCGGGCACUCCAACGGCCACCACUUGCUACGCCGCCUCGGAUCACAUAGCCCGCCUGGCGGAUGCGGAGAAUGGGACGCGCUACCUCAAGCUGCAGGCCACGACGAGCCUGUGAGGCAGCAGAAGCAACCAGCAGCAGCAGCAGCAGGAUGUUGCACCUGCCCACUCAAAAAACCAUGUGAUAGUACGGUUCCGACUGUACCGACUUGAGUAGUUUGUAAGCGAUAUGCAUACGUAGCCCUAAGGUCCACUGCACUAAUCCAAAUAGUUGGCCCACACUAACCCACUCGUGCCAUAAGCUAAUCGAUACGUAUCCCGAAACUCCCGUAUAUCAAAGGAAAAUGUACAGCUGAGGUCGAAAGAAUGGCAAUAAAAUCUAUUCUCCGAAAUUGUAUACGAUCCAAAAUAUUAAGAAUCCUGAUAGAUCAAGAUCGAGAUAAAGUAACAUCAUGUGGACUAUCCAUUUCAAUUCAAAAUACCUCUUAAUUGAUAAAGUUAAACUAUAAACUAAUCGUUUCCCUUUAUUCUUUUGACCGCCGCUGUAACAACUUUCCCAAUCGGAGACCCCUCCGGUCUCCGCAAGAACUAGUGUUAACUUAGUUUACGCCUCCUUAUUGUUAGGAAUGGAGCUCGUAAGUCAUGACCCCUUAGAAUUAAGGCUUUAAUAAUUUAUUAACAAAUUCAAAGCACACAAUAGAAAAGAAAAACAUAACAUCAAGUAAAUAAAAGUGAAAAG